AUGCACAUCAAGGUCGACAAGGAGAAGCCGGAUGGUGCGUUUGAGAAGUAUGUCAUGGACACGGUGUACGAUGGCGAGGAAGGGUCUGAUGUCUUUCAGGUCCCGCCGCAUUGGCACAAGUAUCAUGAUGAAUACUUGACCGUGUUGGAGGGUCGCAUCGAAGCUAGCCUCGAGGGGAAAGGGACGACGGUGCUCAACGCGGGCGAUGAAGCCUUCUUCGUGCCGCGACGGCAUGUGCAUAGUCUGAAAGGCUUCAAGGGCGAGAAGACCGUGCUUAGAGAGACGGCGGUUCCAGCGGAGACUUGGGGUCUUGAGAAAGCUUUGUAA